GGGUGCUCGACGCUGUUGGGAAAGAGAAGCAGGAAGAUGUUUCCACGCUGCAAGCUAUGAGGUUCUGGCUGAACAUGUUCAAUGUGUCAACUUAUAAAAGUGCAGUUUGUCCGGAUUCCUUGCGGCAGUUUUUUAGACACACCCUGACCGAGGUUCUUACCUACAACCCCUUGUUGAAAGUGUCCGAUGCCAUCCGCAUGCAGAAAGAGUGGAGCUUUGCAAGAACGUGCGUGCUGCUCAGUACCUUGUAUCGCAAGCUGUUUGUGGCUUUCAGCGCGCGGGAGUCCAUCUCCCAGCUGCAACAAGUCCUGGAGACGCGCGAGGUGAACUGGCAGCACGUCCUGUCCUGCGUUUCCACGCUGGCCGUCUGCCAUGCCGAGGCCGAGCAGCUUCUCAAAGAUCUACUGAGCCACCUCCUGAUAAAGGCCUUUGAGAAUUUUGAUAUGGAAAACAUGAUCACGGCGUUCCUGAUCGCGCGUCAGGCUGCUCUGGAGGGCCCUGCCGUGUUCAUGCCUUACUCCGAGUGGUUUAAGGCUUCCUUUGGGAACGCUGGCGGUCACCACGGGAGCAGUAAGAAAGCUCUGGUCUUCCUCUUUGAAUUCUUGUCUGAGCUAGUGCCCUUCGAAGCAGCGCCCUACUUGAAGGUCCAUAUAAUGUACCCGCCUUUCGUGCCGACGAAGCACCGGUCUAUCCUCUUGGAGUACAUCACGCUGGCGAAAACCAGGCUGGCUGACCUCAAGGUCGCCAUAGAAGAUAUGGGGCUCUACGAAGACCUGUCUGCCACAGACGAAUCCGUGCAGCCCCAGGGCCAGGCGCUUCGCGACGUCGAGAAGGCCCUUCAGAUAUUUGAAAACACGAGGAAGAUCCCGACGUCAGUGAUAGAAGCCAGUAUUUUCAGGCGGCCCUAUUACACUUCCUGGUUUCUCCCUGCUUUGCUCAGGCCACGUGUGCUCCCUAAAACCCCGGAUGCACGCAUGGCUUUUAUAGAUUCUUUGAAGAGAGCUGAUAAAAUACCCUCAAACUUGUACUCCACAUACGUGCAAGCCUGUCGUGCUAUGAAAGAGAAAACACCGCAAGAUGACUCCAAAGCAGAGCCCAGCCUUUCCAAAGAGCCUGCUGAGCAGCUGAAGGCUGAGCUGGCUGAGCUAAGGAUGCUGAUGGUGGACCCGGCGAAAUCCGGAGAUGUGCCGGCGCAGAUCGCAGUGAUUUCUGACAGACUUGCCAGUGUCUUGGGUUACGGCGGCGACGAGAACAAAACCCCUAUUCUGAAUUCUCCAAUCCCGAUUGACAUUUCUGCCCCUGGGCUGGAACCCAGCCAGCGGAGCGUUGUCGAUCUUCUGCUGACAUCAUUCUGCCAAAACCUAAUAGCUGCUUCCUCUUUUAACCCUCCCGACAGGCAGGGACCAUGUCUUUCCUUGUUUGUGAAGAUGAUGUGUGGACACAGGAAUCUCAUGCCUGCGCUUCUGGGCAGGCUCUGCCAGCUUAUUUACCAUCAGGGCCCUUCUCUGGACGACGGUCAUAUUUUAGGGCUGGCGGCUUUUGCCAUCCACUUGAGCGAAUCCAGAGCUUUGAUCCCUGAAGUGGAAGCCAAGUUGGGGAUUCCUCAGCCUCCUCCUGAAAAAAAACUUUCCCUUUCCGAGUACUGGAACCUCCUGCUGGCGUGCAGGACGGCGGAGUCGCUCGUCUUCUGCACGAGGUUUUGCACUGCGGCAGCGUCUUACCUGAUGUGCAAGUUUUCAUCCUGUUCUCGGGAAGAGCUGUGUGCCUUGCUUCCUCCUAGCCUUAUCAAAAAGCUGCAGUACGUUGUGCCACGGCUGUGCUUGGAGGCUCGGGGAAUCCUGCACGAAGAGGCUGAAAGGGACCCGGUCUGGAGUUCCCCGUCGUGCCCCUCCCUGAACUACAAAAGAACCAGCCUCUGUUUGUGGAAGCAAGCGCGCUUUCAAGAGCUCUUGAAAGAAGCAGCGUUCCAGUUGUCUUUCAGAGAGUGGCUGCUGUGGGAGCUGGAAGUGUGCCCCGAGAAGGAUAUUCUCUCGGCUUUGGAAAGGCAGGAUUUCCAUUAUUGGGCCAUCUACCAGCGGUUCCUUCCUGCACCUUCUGCUUCUGGGGGCUGCGACGGAGACCUGGAGACAGCGUGUGGCGUGAUCAUUAAUGCUGUCCUGGAUUCCUCACAAAGGUUGGACCUGGGUACCUGUGGCCAAUCGAAGAUGUCGGUCAGUCCUGAUAUUCUCUGCAAGCUGCAGGAGAUGGUGCUGGAGCUGAGGUGUAGGCAAAAGCUCCUUUCUGGCUGCUUGGAUGCCCGGAGACACUUUCUGUUCAAAAUCCUCCAGGAAAGACUGAAAGACCGAAAAUGUGGCUCUGCUUUGGAGGAGCAGCUGUGGAGGCAGCAGGAGCUGCUGCUGCACAGAAGGAUUCUCGUGGGGCUCCCUGUGAGUGCUCUGACCAUGGUGUGUCAAAAAGAAAAGAAAACCUUGGACUGUGAAGACUUUUUCAGUUUUGUAAACUCGGAGCUGAAGAAUGUCUGUUCCAGAGGGUACGCGCUCUCCUAUGACAUCACCGCUCACUUUUUCAGGGGGCUGCUUAACGCCAGCUUGGACUGCGAGGAGUCGGCAGAAGCGAUCGACGACGUCCUGUUGGCGUGCCAGACCAAGUGUCCCAUUGUGCUCUUCUCUGCAGCGCUUUGGUGGCCGAGGCUGGAGCCGGUACUUUGCUCUCAGUGGAAGAGACUCUUCGGCACUCCGCUUGCAGAAGAACUGGAAAGACUGAGGGGAUGGCAAUCCUCGGCUGCCAGCUUCCUUUCUUCUGGAGCGGUUUUCCCUCUCUCUGACCCUCCUUGGAUUUCGGCUGCCUUCCUCCAUUGUGCUAUUCAGCAACAGUUGCCGCACGGACGAGUGAGGAACACCCUGAAGAGGCUGGAGACUGACACGGAGCAGCUCCUUGUCUCUCUGCUGUUCUUCUCCCUCAUGGAUCUCAUCUCGGCAAAAAUAGCACCAAAGGAAGGAGUCGAUUUUCCAACGUCUCUGCAAUGGGCUCUGGAGAUCUUGCAGUACCUGGAGGAGAGGGGUGCAUCCUGGUCACUUCUCUUCCAUUCCCCGGAGAAAGACUCCAGAAAAUACAGUGUCCUGCACGGCGCAGCCUCGGCCCGGCACCUCCGGCUCCUGCCUGUUGCGUUCUACAGCCUCACCCCUUGCUUUCGCCAAGAGCUGCUCACCAGAGAGCCAACCUUCCUCUACGCGGCACUCGAUUUGUACAUCCAGCUGCUUCGGCUCUUUGUGGAAGGGGAAGACCUGCCACAGCCUGACCGAGGGGAUCCCUUGGAGCUGAUUUCCACAGCCCGGCAGUUCCUGCUCGGUGCAAUCCCACGAUGCCCUGCCCAAAGCUUUGGAAACAUACGACCACUCCUGGCUACCUGUGAAGAACUGGACCCAGAGCUGGGCGCCACCCUCCUGCGCUUCUCAAGCCCCGACAUGGCCAUGGAGCUGGAUGAGGAGUUGGUCCUGUUCUGA